CCUCAAAUCUGAAAAAAGGUUACUUAAACUAUUGUUUAGUCUCAGCCUCAGCCUCCUGCAUGUUACAUACAAAAAUGACUGAAAUCAAGAGCUGGCUGGAUCACCAGUUCCAAUCUGAUUGCAAUCUGAACUUCCUGGAGUCAGGGUGCUGUUUUUAUUUUUAUUAGUCUGCCUGGAAACAAAGUCAUGUUUACAAGCUACCGAGCUGCAACAAUAAGUGCUAAUAAGGAUGAACUACUUGCUGGAUUUGACAAAGUUUGCAUUAGAUCUUAGAAAGAUAUUCAGAAUUUUGUUUGAGGCACUAAGUAUCAAGUAAACUAGUUAUUCACAAACAGAACUGUACAUUCUGCUUAGUUAUCUGAAUUAUGUCUGUAUAAUAAUCAGUGCUUAUUAUUUGUUGGAUGAACUGAAAUUCUGAAUACUAAGUAUACGCACAUUCUGCUGUUCUGUUUGCUGUGAACACUCCCCUCGAUAACCACCAGAAAGCGCCGUCACCUGAGUAUUAACUGUUUCUCAUGAACUACGACAGCCAUCAUCCUCAGCGGGACUGAUUACUACUCACCUGUACCUUAUUUUAUGGACUAUUUAAGCACUGUAAACACUGGGUUCAGUGCGAAGUCUUGUUUUUGCCCUGGCUAACAUUUCUGAUUGUUUUUCCAUAUUAGUCUGCCUGUGUUUGAACUUCUGCCUGUUACUGUCAUUCUGAUUCACUGCUGCCUGCCUUUUGACUUUGAUCUGUUCCUGGAUAUACUCUUUGAGAUUGUUUUCUGCCUGCCUCGACCCUCUGCCUGUUUUUUGACCACGUUUAUUGGAUUUGCCUACAUUGCUGUAUAUUUUGAAUACUGACCUCUGCCUGUUGUGUAUUUUCUGUGACUUUACAAGUAAAGCUGCAAAUGGAUCUAACUUCUGGUUCUCCUGAGUCUAUGUUACAGAAGACUUCGCCACCUACUGAUCCAGCAGCUAUUUUUCAGCUCUCCAACGAGCUCUCUGCUCAGGCUGGUGUAUUGGCAGUUCAUCAGCAACAAUUACAAUGGCUUAACUCGUUAACAGAGGAGAUGGUGAAGAUGCUGCAGAACCUUCGUCUGCCCACGGAAAACCCAUCUCCACCAACACCUCAACCAAUUCCCGCGGAGAAUCCAACAACACCUAAUUCCAACAUCGCCAAUCCAUGACUCGCCUUCCCAGAUAAGUUUGACGGUACACCUUCUAAAUGUAAGGGAUUUUCAUGCAGUGCUCGAUGUUUGUUGGCCAAUAGCCUACACUUUAUCCCACUGAGGAGAGUCGCAUUUGCUUUGUAUGUUCACUGCUCACCGGGAGGGCAUUGGAUUGGGCUACUGCCGUGUGGUCUAACAAAGGUUUGAGAUUCACCUCAUUCACCAGCUUCAAACAAUGCUUUCGCGAGGUGUUUGAACAUCCCGAGGGAGGAAGAAGUGCGGGAGAUCAGUAACUCUCUCUCCAACAAGGAAGAAACACAGCCGCCGAAUAUGCCCUGUCCUUCUUCACUCUUGCUGCACAUACUGUAUGGGUUGAUGACACGCUCAAGGUGCUGUUUCGAAGAGGAUUAAACAUCGAAUUGCAAUCGGAGUUGGCAUGUCGUGAUGAAGGGAGGACCUUGGACCAAUUCAUUGAUCUUGCCAUCCAUAUUGACAAUCUCAUUUGCUCGCGGAGACCAGUUAAACCUCCCCUGCAGAAUUAUCAGCCGGCAUGCACCCCUGAGGAAUCGGUGCCUAUGCAAAUAGGGCAUGCUCAUUUGACUUCGGAGGAGAGAGAACACCGCGUCAGACAACACCUAUGCUUAUAUUGCGGUCAACCUGGACAUUUAAGAGCAGCCUGUCCCAUACGACCAGCACCAUCAUCUCAAUCGGCGGUGAGUAAUGUCUCUCUACCUCUCCAUGUAACCUCAUGCAUUGAUGUUCCGAUAACAAACAAAUAAUUUCCCACUCACACCAUGCUUGACUCAGGUGUGGCUGGCAACUUUAUUGAUGAGGAGUUAGUCAGAGAAUUACCACUAAUUCCCUGUGAAUCUCCCUUGGCAGUGGCAGCGCUAGAUGGACGUCCUCUGGGGACCGGCCAUGUUCAAUUCACCACCGAAGACAUCACCCUUCAAGUGGGCAUAAUACACACUGAAAUCACACAUCUCUAUGUCAUUCGCUCACCACACCAUCCUGUCAUUCGGACUACCCUGGCUUCAGCAACAUAACCCACAAAUCUCUUGGACUGAGAGACAGAUAUUUACAUUUACAUUUAUGCAUUUGGCAGACACUUUUAUCCAAAGCGACUUACAGUGCCCUGAUUACAGGGACAAUUCCCCUGGAGCAACCUGGAGUUAAGUGCCUUGCUCAAGGACACAAUGGUGGUGGCUGUGGGGAUUGAACCAACAACCUUCCACUUACCAGUUCAGUGCAUUAGUCCACUAAACCACACCACUCCAUUAUCACAAUGGGGCUCCACAUGCUUUUCCAACUGCCUGAGGUCAGUAGUUCCUUUAUCUGUUGGAGCUGCAUCAGCCACAGAGAAGAUCACUGAGAUACCCAAAUUACCAAAGGAAUACACAGAUCUGGUGGAGGCCUUCAGUAAGACCCAAGCAUCACAACUUCCCCCUCAUCGUUCCAGCAACUGUGCUAUUGAGCUAUUACUGGGCACGACACCACCACGAGGCAGGAUUUUUCCUUUAUCUGAGCCUGAAGCCCAGGCUAGGAAAAAUUACAUCAAGGAAGAGCUGGCCAUAUGACCAUCCACGAUUCUUCUUCGUGGGUAAGAAGGACGGUGGUCUCCGACCUUGCAUAGAUUAUCGUGCUCUCAAUGAUAUCACUGUGUAAUUUUGUUACCCUAUACCAUUAGUCCCGGCAGCACUGGAACAAAUACGAACCGCCAAGUAUUUCGCCAAACUGGAUCUGUGUAGCACUUACAACCUCAUUCGCAUCAAAGAGGGGGACGAGUGGAAGACAGCAUUCUCCACCAGCAGUGGACACUAUGAAUACCUGGUUAUGCCCUUCGGCCUUGCUAACAGUCCUUCAGUGUUCCAGUCCUUCAUCAGCGAUGUCUUCAGAGAUAUGUUAAACCGAUGGGUGAUUGCAUAUAUCGAUGACAUUCUAAUUUAUUCUAAUACCCUGGAGGAACACAUCGGACAUGUCAGAGCCAUUCUCCAGCGUCUAAUCUCACACCAGCUCUACGCCAAGGCCGAGAAAUGUGAGUUUCACCAAACAUCUGUAUCGUUCCUGGGCUACAUCAUUAGCUCUGAGGGGGUUGCCAUGGAUGACAACAAGGUACUGGCAGUCUUAAACUGGCCCCAACCAUCAUCUCUGAAGGAACUACAAUGAUUUCUGGGGUUCGCUAACUUCUACUGACAGUUCAUUAGAAAUUUUAGCAUGAUUGCUGCACCCCUUACGUCCAUGCAGAGAGAAGGGGCACCAAACUAUGUUGGUCUGCAUCAGUAUUACAAGCCUUCAAGGAUCUCAAAUCCCACUUUACCUCCGCUCCCAUUCUGCAUCAUCCUAAUCCAGACUGUCCAUUCGUAGUUGAGGUGGACGCCUUGAACAAUGGGAUCAGAGCCAUUCUUUCACAACGCCAUGGGUCACCUCCGAAACUCUACACCUGUGCUUUCUAUUCCCGAAAACUCUCCACGGCAGAACAAAACUACGAUGUGGGGAAUCGAGAAUUACUCGCCAUGAAAGCAGCCCUGGAGGAAUGGCGAGGGAGCAAAGGAUCCAUUUCUCGUGCUGACAGAUCAUCGGAAUCUUGAAUCCACGGCAGGCCAGGUGGGCACUAUGUUUUACAUGUUUUGACUUCAAAAUCACAUAUCACCCUGGCAUUAAGAAUGUUAAAGCUGAUGCCCUCUCGCGUCAAUUUGAAGCUCAGAGUCAGAACCAGACAUCAGAACCCAUAAUCCCCACAUCUCUAAUAGUUGCACCAGUCCAAUGGGACAUCAUGACAGAGAUUAACCAGUCCCAGUCUCAAGAUCCGGUUCCUCACGAUUGCCCGGAGGGCAAAACCUAUGUGCCACAGUCAUUACGGGAGAAGGUUUUACAGAGUGUCCAUACCGCCACCAGCUCCGGGCACCCAGGCAUCACGACUACAUUCCAUCUGCUCCGGAACCAAUUUUGGUGGAGAACCAUGCAGGCAGACACCAUUUCUUAUGUCAACCAAUGCCCCACUUGUGCAGUAACCAAAUCUUCCAGACUACUCCCGGCAGGCCUGCUUCACUUCCCAUUGCGCAGCAACCAUGGUCUCACAUCGCCAUUGACUUUAUCACCGAUCUUCCAAUCUCUCAUGGUAACACCACAAUCUUAACUGUAAUCGAUCGUUUCUCCAAGGCAUGUUGAUUAAUCCCUGUUCCCAAGCUCCCCACAGCCUUCGAGACAGCGGAACAUCUAUUACAUCAAGUAUUUCGGUUCUAUGGGUUACCUGAUGACAUCGUAUCCAACUGAGGUCCACAAUUCACUGCUCGGCUCUGGACGGCCUUCUUCCAUCAAUUAAAUGUCAACAUCAGCCUCACCUCUGGGUACCACCCUCAAUCCAACGGGCAGACCGAAUGUCUGAAUCAAGAGAUCACUCAUUUUCUCAGGAUGUAUUGCCAUCAAAACAAAAACGACUGGAGCCGGUACCUGCUGUGGGCAGAAUACGCCCAAAACUCACUACAAAAACCACCCAUGGGCAUGACUCCAUUCCAGUGUGUGCUGGGAUUUCAACCACCCUUGUUCCCCUGGUCAGGAGAGUCCACAGAACUAUCGGCCAUCAACGACUGGCUCUGGCGGAGCGAGGAAGUGUGGAACCAGGCACAUGUCCAUCUACAGCAAGCCGUGAGGAGACAGAAAGAGCAGGCUGAUCGGCAUCGUUGUCCGAGUCCCCAAUAUACACCAGGACAAUGGGUCUGGCUCUCCACUUGCGACCUACGCCUUCAUCUGCCCUGCAGAAAGCUCAGUCCCAGAUGGCAGGGUCACGGAAUUCAAUAUCUGGUAGACUGGGAGCGAUAUGGUCAGGAGGAGCAUUCCUGGGUCAAUGCUGAGGACAUUCUUGACCCCAACCUCAUAACAGAAUUCCACAGGACUCAUCCGCAAAGACCUACCCCCAGACCCCGUGGAAGACCCCGGCGUCGUGUGCUUUCUCACGUUGCGGGGGGGGCUCUAUUAGGAAAACUCCCCUCGAUAACCACCAGAGAGCGCCGUCACCUGAGUAUUAACUGUUUCUCACGAACUACGAUUCCCAUCAUCCUCAGCAGGACUGUUUACUACACACCUGUACCUUAUUUCAUGGACUAUUUAAGCACUGCAAACACUGGGUUCAGUGCAAAGUCUUGUUUUUGCCCCGGCUAACAUUUCUGAACAUUUUUCCAUAUUAGUCUGCCUGUGUUUGAACUUCUGCCUGUUAUUGUCAUUCUGAUUCACUGCUGCCUGCCUUUUGACUUUGAUCUGUUCCUGGAUAUACUCUUUGAGAUUGUUUUCUGCCUGUCUCGACCCUCUGCCUGUUUUUUGACCAUGUUUAUUGGAUUUGCCUACGUUGCUGUAUAUUUUGAAUACUGACCUCUGCCUGUUGUAUAUUCUCUGUGACUUUACAAGUAAAGCUGCAAAUGAAUAUAACUUCUGGUUCUCCUGAGUCCAUGUUACAUGACCAGUAAUUCAAAGUUAGGUUUUCUUCAUGCUGGUCUAUUAUUGCCAUAUGAUUGAUUUCAGAUGUACCUACCCCAAAUAGUAACGAGUAACAAACUGGUUGCAUAUUUUACAUGUCAAUCAUACAGUUUCUUUCUGUCUAACUGGUUGGUUCUUGGCCAGAAUAAGCUACAGUUAACCAGUGGACCACUACAAAAUCUGGCAUGCGAGAUUACCUUAUGUUCAAAUCAUCAUUUGAUCAAUCGCUUAGUCACCUUCACUUAAAUGCUCUCACAGCAUAUCAAGUAACAAAAUGUUUUUGUUUAUUUCUUUCUCUUUCCACUGUUGCUGUGAGG